AUGCCUGCAUCAUCAUCUCUGAAGCUUUUCCUCCUCUUAGCGCUGAUCGCCACUUCCUGCAUGGCCCAAGCGCCCUCCGGCGCCCCCACCGUCUCCCCCACCGCCUCCCCUGUCUCUCCGCCCACUUCCGCUCCAACUCCGGAAUCCGCUGAUUCCCCAACACCUUCCCCUGCUCUGGCACCGGGCGCCCCUGCCCCCACCGCUGAUCAGACGCCUCAUGGAAACAGCGCUUUCUCCAGCAGGGCUGUAUUCGGCGCCACCGCUGCCACGGCGGCGCUUGUUGCGGUGGCGUUGAUUUAA